GGUUAUUUAAUUUUAAAUUUAACAGAAAAUGAACUGAAAGAUUUAAAAUGUGUAUGUGAUGGAAGUAAAAUUUACUAAAUAGUUUAAUUGUUAAAAUACAUAAAUUAAAUUAUUAAUAGUGAUAAAGCAAAGAUUAUAUAGUAAAGUCUUGCUUUUUCCAUAUAGAUAAAUGUUUUAUUAGCGGAAGAGUAAACUUACAGGGUUAGAGUCUGAUUGCGAAGCAACCAGGCCUAAUCAGCACUCAACCAACAGUUGGAGAGCGGAAUCAAACAUAAUUUAAACCAAGACUCGACUAAAAGCUCUUGUACAAAGAAAAUAAAGAAAAAUCUUCUCAUCUUCUCGCGGAUGAGUUGCAUAGAAGCAAGCCGGGCAUGUACAAAGUGCGAACUUUAAACUUGUAUCGGGGUCCAUUUGAACAGCUAAACCUGACCCAUUUAUUUCAUAGCAUUGCAGAUCCAGUAGGAUCUUCCAUUUCAAGAAUUGAAUCAAAUCUAUUUUUAAAUAAACUGUCCAAAUGCGGUCGAAUCGACGAGGCACGCUACAUGUUCGACAAAAUGCCUUGCAGGGAUGAGUUUGCGUGGAACACUAUGAUUGCCGCUUAUGCCAAUUCAGGGAGAUUAACUGAAGCAAAGCAACUUUUUCAUGAGGCUCCAUUGAAGAGUUCAAUCACGUGGACUAGUCUUAUAUCUGGUUACUGUACACAUGGCUGCGAAAUUGAAGCUUUUGAGUGGUACUGGCAAAUGCAGCUCGCAGGACAAAAGCCUAACACAUACACGUUAGGGAGUGUCAUUAGGCUGUGCUCAACAAUGGGCUUUCUUCGAAGAGGGGAACAGAUUCACGGCUAUGCGUUAAAGACUCGACUUGAUGGUGAUGUUUUUGUUAUUACUGGUCUAGUUGACAUGUAUGCCAAGUGCGAGAGCAUUUCGGAAGCUGAAUAUCUUUUCGAGAUAGCGACCGAUAGCAAAAAUCAUGCCACAUGGACAGCUAUGCUUGCUGGGUAUUCUCGUAAUGGGGAUGGGUUUAAAGCAAUCAAGUGUUUUCGGGACAUGAGAACUGAAGGUGUCGAGUCUAAUCAAUUUACUUUUCCUAGCAUUUUAACAGCUUGUGGAGCAAUUUCAGCUCAUGAUUUCGGUGUUCAAGUACAUGGUUGUAUAGUUAGGAGUGGUUUUGGUGCCAAUAUUUUUGUUCAAAGUGCAUUGGUUGAUAUGUAUUCAAAAUGUCGAGACUUGAGUAAUGCAAAGAGAGUGUUGGAGAAUAUGCAGAUUAAUGAUGUGAUUUCUUGGAACUCCAUGAUAGUGGGGUGUGUAAGGGAGGGGUUUGAAGAGGAAGCUUUGUCUUUGUUUCGUGAAAUGCAUGCAAGAAAUAUGAAGAUUGAUGAUUAUACCUACCCAUCUGUGUUAAACUCUUUUGUAUCCAUGAGGGAUAUACAAAACGCAAAAUCUGUCCAUUGUUUAAUUGUCAAAACUGGAUUUGGGGCAUAUAAGCUCGUGAACAAUGCCCUUGUUGAUAUGUAUGCUAAGCAGGGCAAGUUGGAUUAUGCGUUUAUGGUAUUUGACCAGAUGCCAGACAAGGAUGUUAUCUCGUGGACUUCCCUGGUUACUGGAUGUUCAUACAAUGACUCUUAUGAAGACGCUAUCAAGUUGUUUUGUGACAUGAGAAUUGCAGGUAUAUGUCCUGACCAAAUUGCCCUUGCCAGUGUUCUGAGUGCUUGUGCAGAACUGACAGUUAUGGAAUUUGGGCAGCAAGUUCAUGCUACCAUUAUUAAAUCUGGUCUUGGAUCAUCCUUAUCAGUAGAUAACUCUCUUCUGACGAUGUAUGCAAAGUGUGGAUGUAUAGAAGACGCCAAUCAUGUAUUUGACUCCAUGAGAACUCGGAAUGUCAUCAGUUGGACAGCUCUAAUAGUUGGAUAUGCAAAGAACGGUAGAGGAAAAGAUUCUUUACAUUUUUAUGAUCAAAUGAUUGCUACCGGCACAAAACCAGACUUCAUUACAUUUAUUGGUUUACUAUUUGCCUGUAGCCAUACUGGUCUUGUGGAAGAAGGUCGCCAAUACUUUGAAUCAAUGGACAAUGAAUACGGGAUCAAACCAGGUCCUGAACACUAUGCUUGCAUGAUUGAUCUUUUGGGACGCUCAGGAAAACUUGCUGAGGCAAAGGAAUUACUUAAUCAAAUGGUUGUAGAACCAGAUGCAACUGUAUGGAAGGCACUGCUUGGUGCUUGCAGAGUACAUGGAGAGCUGGAAUUGGGAGAGACAGCAGCAAAGAAACUCUUUGAAUUGGAACCCGUGAAUUCUGUGCCUUAUGUACUGUUAUCUAAUAUGUAUUCCCUUGCUGGCAGAUGGGAAGAUGCUGCAAGAGUCAGAAGAUUGAUGAAAUCCAGGGGGGUUAAUAAGGAACCAGGCUGCAGUUGGAUUGAGUCUAACAGCAAAGUGCAUACCUUUAUGUCAGAAGACAGAAGUCAUCCAAUGAUGAAUGAAAUUUAUUUAAAGAUUGAUGAGAUAAUUAUAUUGAUCAAGGAAGCUGGUUAUGUGCCAGACAUGAAUUUUGCACUUCAGGACAUGGAUAAAGAAGGUAAGGAGCUUGGUCUAGCUUAUCACAGUGAGAAGUUGGCUGUGGCUUUUGGGCUUCUCACUUCACCCCAGGGAGCGGCAAUACGUAUUUUCAAGAAUCUCCGGGUUUGUGGAGAUUGCCACGCUGCUAUGAAAUAUAUAUCAAAGGUAUAUCUUCGCCGUAUUAUUUUGAGGGAUUCAAAUUGUUUCCAUCAUUUCAGAGAAGGCAAAUGUUCCUGUGGAGAUUACUGGUAGGUGGUUGAUGCUGAUCGUUUAUUAUUAUGGGGACCUGCUUCUCAUGGACUUGAAAUGGAACAGAUGGUUCCUGAUAUUUGCCAGAUUUGAGUAGUCAGAUUCUGCACAUUCAAGGUUGCUAAGUUCAAGCUUAUUUGUCAUAUUUUGUAUAAUUCAGAAAGAGAUGUAUAUGCCAGACAAAUGAUCAAGAAGCAGAUGUUUUCACACAGAUUACAAAUGAUAGAGCUGCAAUAUUAUAUAACGAACACCGAUUUAAAAGAAAAUUCAAACCUUCUAGAGCAGAUGCUUGGAUAGGUUACUGAAGAUCUGAUUGGAUAUAAUGAUAGCUGUCUUGGAUGAUGCAGCUUAGAGGAUCUCCCCAUCAGAUGGAGUGAAGUUAUUUGGUAUUGAAAUCUCUGGCCUUAACACAUGAUUUGAAAUAUUUACUGAUUUACAAAAUGUUGCAAUUUUCUCUCUCUGUAGUAUGUUGCUGUACAAAAGAAAAAUAAUGUGGAACUCCAUGAAUGCUAAGAAACUCUAGUCAGUACUUUUCAAACGAGUUUCAAGUGUUAAAAUUGGUUUACUUUUCAGGAUUGGAUAUUAUUGAUCAACUACAAUUCGUUACUUCUAUAUGAGAAUUGAGAUUGAAUAAUCCUUUUGAGUUCCAUGUUGUGCAUUCCAGAAAUUUGGUCUCAACUUUAGUUUUUUCUUAUCAUUUGGAGGAAAUUGGAAUACAUGAAAUGGAAACCAAAGCUUGAUAUUAUUAGUGUCUGAUUUUUCCCAUUACUGGAAGCUUAUUAUAAGCUGCAACAGUAAAUCAUAAUACCAAAUGAUCUUUUUUUUUCCCUAUUGGUUCCUGACAAAAUGUAGGAAAGAGAAUGGAACUUAUGUUUUGAAUAAUCUAUGGUAUUUGUGGAACUAAUCAGAUACAAACAUCUACUUAAACUGAGGUUCAUAUAACUGUUUAGCCUUGAUUUUUUGUGCCAAUUAUAUUACCAAUCACAAUUGCUUAUUCUCUAAAAUGUGGGGUUUAUAUUUUUCAAUAUUGCCGGAUAAACCAAGCACAUCUAUCAUUAAAUUGCGAUGACUUGUCAGGAUAAUGUUGCAGGUGGUAAAGAAAGCUGCAGCUGUAUCAGAGCUCGACUAUUCUGAUCCCCUGGCAGGUGCUGGGAUUCGUAAGAGAGAGGUUAGGUAGUAAUUUGGACUUAUCACAUGGAAGCCUAGCUAACACAAAAGUGUGUUUUUCUUUCAUUUUUAUGUUAAGUUGGUAACUUUGAAUUUUAUAUGAGCUGAAUAAUGGUGUUCAUUUUUAAUAUUUCAUGGUGGUUCAAAGUCAUUGUUAAAAUAUUACACAUACUCUAGUGGGUUUGCUCACUUUGAAGUGACCUUUUAAUUCCUCAUAUUGAUUGUAGAAAAUUUGGAGAAUUAUGGAGAAUUUAAAUUGUGUUGAUCAAUUUGAGCUUGGGUGUAAAUUGAACCUAAUGUGCUACAUGGCAAAUUACACGAUGUCCUUUAGAGUCACUAGUGUAUGUGAAUAGCUUGGUUUUGUGUCGUUAGCACAUGUGUGUUUCAAGAGCUUUUUUCUAAUGAGUUCACCUAAGGAGAAUGUUAUGGUUAUAUUUGAUCUUCUUGCAGGCAAAGAGGAGACAGUUAUUUGACAAGUUUGAGUGCUGACGCUGUGAAAGUUAGCAUACUUGCCGUCCAACUCCAGCACUGAAAUACCAUUUAUUUUCUCAGUUGCGACUUAAUUUUUGGAGAACUGACCUUUGUGGUGUGGAAUAAUCUAAGAUGUUGCAGCUGAUUAGACUUUGCAAGUUCCCAGGAAAAAGUAGUCUUCUUCCUCUGGGCUCUAGAAUGGAAGAAUGGGUUCAGCAUCGACUCCAGAAUUCCUUCCCCGACUACAAAAGAAAGAAAGCCUUGCUUCUAAUUUGGUUUGGCAUUCUAAGGAGCAACUUCCCAGUAGGCUCGAAUAGGUUCCAUCCUACGGAGUUUUAUUCUAUCACACUGCAAAAUUUUUGCAUCCAACGACUGCCUGAUUUGUUAAGAUUUUGAUAGAGUGCGGCACAAAAUUUUCGAGAUUUAGAAUAUAGGCUAAUAUUGUUAGAUUAUUUUUCAUAUAUGUGCAUAUAUAUAUAUUUAUAUAUAUACAUGUAUAUAUUUUAUGUUCUAGGAAUAUGACUAUGCAUUCAAACUAUAUCCAUAGGAUUUGUUCAUGGUGACAUGGUGCUAUUGCAAAUAAUUAACUUGGAUAUGGAUGUUGGAUCAAUCUUUUAGGAGCAUAUGAAUUGGACUUCUUUUCUCCGCCAGAUUUUCUCACGUAUGAUUUAGAUAUUUUUAAAGCUGAUUUCUUUGAACAAAACCCAAACAGAGGAUCACAACUUGGUGAAGAAGGUUGGCGUGGUCUCAUGUGGAUCUAAUUGUUUAUGCAUUUAUACUUUUACUUUGAUAGCCAGCAGUUCAAAUGAUAAAUUUAUCUCUUCUGCUAAUGUUGCCCGCCAAUUAUUUGAUGAAAAAGCGAAGAAAAUCAUUGUUCUAAUGUCUUUGAAGCCUCUGGUGUCUCCAACCGAGUGUAAGCUUUGCUCACUCUUUUUGGCAUAAAAUUAUAUGUACGUUUCCUUGAGUUAUUUAUCAAAUAUUAUUGUCUAUUGCUUUUGUCGGAUAUGAACAUCGAAAUUGGCUCCAUGUGGUUGCAAAUGGGUUUGACCUGAAUUUAAAUAUCUUGAUUUUACUGUGGGUUUGAUCAGUUGCAUAAAUAAUUUACAAAAUAUGUAGACUUGAAUUAAUUUUUACUGCAAACUUAAGCUCUGAUAACAGCAUUACGGAAUCCAAACAGUAAGAACUAUAGUCUUGAGUUGAAGACGAGGCUUAGGUUGCCAACCCAGUUCAUGAAGGUUUAGGGAAGAUCUGUGGAACUUUUUCCCCCUGAACUGAGUACAAUUUGAUGUGAUUGCGGUUUAAGAACAAUUUGCUACAACAUUAUCACUUCUCACAUUCACCAGUAGGACAUCAGCUAUGAAAUGUAUAAUUCUUGAAUUUUGAUGAUCUCUUUGACAAACUUGUUUCCUCAAGUAAGAUUCCCUGUCAAUGUGGCCAAAUUGGUUGAGUUCACUAUUCGCUAACCAAUAAAUAGUGAUCCAUUCUUUAAUGUAUGUGAUUCUAUGGAAUAAUAGUAAUAUGUACAUUUUUGUAGUUUUAUUGUAUCCUAGGGCCUAGAAGUUCUUGGCGCGUUUUUAAAACCAGUUAGCAUUGUGAUUUGAGAGUCAAAUAUGUUUUUUCUAUUAAAAAAC